AUGUCUACUUUUAAUCUCUCAUUCUAUUUUCCUAACUCUGGUAACAGGACAACCAUAAACUCUAUUUAAAAAUAAAAUUAUAAUUAAUCUAUUGAUUAAAUUCCUUCUCAGAAAAUUCGCAAUAAUAAUUUUUAGCUUGUAUUACCUUAAUUAGAUAGAAAAAUUAAUCACAAAAAGCUUACUACUUACGAUAACUACACUAAUGGUUCUAAAAAAAGCGAUAAUAUUGCAUCAAAAGAAGCUCUGAUUGAUUGGUUAGUUGGUAAAAAAGAUAUUUCGGUUGAAGAUAUAAUAAAAAAUAGACACUCUUCUAAUAUUAAUUAAGAAGAAAAGUUCUUUAAUGGAAGCUAACAAAUAAGCAGUUAAGCUCCUAAGAUGAUUGUUUCUUAGCGUCGUUGCGUAUAAGGUAAACGCUCAUUUUAAGAUUUAGGUGAUAUAGGCUCAUAUUCUACUCUAGAUUCUUCCAAUAACCCUAAUAAAGAAGAGAAUCAAAACUUAUAAUAAGGAGUAUCUUCAAUAGGAAAUUGGUCAGCUUCAGCUUAAAACAUACAACUUCCAAGAAUUUUAGAAAGUUAACAUUUUUAAAACAAAUCUAAAGAUGACAAUGAACAAAUUUUAUCAUAAAAUAGCAGCAAUCGUCGCUUAGUUAAGAAAGUAUCAAUCGAUUUGUUUGAAGAUAAAAAAUAAUUGGGCUAGAGUUUAAAAACCAGAGAGGAGUCUAAUUAAUUUAAAAAUAGCUGCCAGUAAUCGUUUAAUUUUUCUAAUUAAUAUGCUGAUUAAUAAUAAAAAGAACUGGCUGAUUCUAAACAAUCAUCUUAUCUGACUUAUAAACGUCUUUCUAAUUUAGAAACAUAUAAUAAUACUACUAAUCAGUCAGCCAACUAAUUUCACUAUAGGAAUAGCUCUCUUACCAGCUUUGAUAAUAGCAGUAAUUCUCCUAUCGAAAUCAAUAAUAGGCAAAACAUAAACUUAAAUAUUCCACGUUAUAGUAGUCUUCAACAUAUCAACAUGCCAUCAAGUUUAAAUUAAUAAUAAAAAGCUAUUAAUCAAGAAAGUAAUGAGAGCGGAACUAGGGUUUAGAGCUCUAAGAGAAGCUCAAGAAGGUUUAUUGCUUCCUCUAUGGGAAACAUACCUUUACCUGAGUAAAUCAAACAAUAAAUUAUUACAAAAAGUAUAUUAAAAGAUAGAUCAAAUAAAAAUUUUCUUUAAACACCCAAAAAGAGUGUGAUUUUCAAUGAAAAAAUACAAGCGUUUCCCAUUUGA